CAACUGGAUUCGAGUAAAUGAAAAAUGCAGACACGGGUUACUUUCAUAAUCUUAUAGUACGUGGACAGACACCCACAUCGGCAGGAUAUACACACACACACACCGAAAACCCGAUCUGCUAAGGAAAUGGGAGGUGACGAAAUGUGAUUCAGUUUCACUCGUCUCUCUGUCUGUAUAUAUUGUGGUGGGGUCGGGAUGAAUGAAGCAGCAGCUUGUAUUCUGAACGCGUUCUGGGUGAGAGUGAGGAGACUGCAUUGCAUGAAUCACAAGGGAGCACUUGGGAUCGGCAUUUUCCGAAAAGCGGUGUUCUACCUACAUUUAUAUAUUCGAAACUUCGACUUUUGCCUUGACAACCUCGUAGCAAGUAGAACAUCCUUUGCAUCUGUGUUCCUUUAAUUAUACAUACUGAUUCCGACUGAGGCUUUCUCUGUAUUCUAAAGCGCGCCUUUAGUAAUUAGUGGGAUAAAACCCAUCCCGGGACUCUGAUAAAGCCACACUGCUCUUGAAUUGAAGACGUUGUGAUGUUCAUUUCAGUUGCUGAAGAAUUUAAAAAAGGGAACAUUAUUGCUGGCGCGGUACACACUGCAAAGCGCCGGCGAACGAAACCGCCAAUACUACAGCCGUGCCAUAGCCAUAGCCAUAGCCAUAGCCAUAGCCAUAGCCAUAGCACCGCUCUUAACACUGUGAAGGCAUUUAUAUUAUAAUAACGGACUCCCACACACGCACCCCGCUGUUACAAACAAGACUUUGUGUGAAGCAGGGGGUGAUCGAAGCUCUCUGUCGGUCGAGACAUGAAGAAGUCCGAACUGCUGCAGAAGAGGAAAUUGUCUAAUCCGGACCGAGAGGAGCACCGGAGUGCGAAAAAAGACGAGAAGGAUGCGAAGGAGUUUGCAGCCCCGGCCCCCCUGCUCUUCAGGAAGCUCAGUAACCCUGACCUCUCGCCCUCCACUGGGAAGGUGAAGCUGCAGAGGCAGCUGAGUCAGGAUGACAGCCGACCUCGCCGGAGCAGUCUGGCCAGCUCUCUGACAGGGAAGCAGCACCUCCCCCUGUCCAGCAGCAUGCACAGUGGAGUGAGCCAGUUGGCAUGGCAACAGCCAGGAGAGCCCACCAACCUGGUCCGGAUGAGGAACCAGACCCUGGGGCAGUCUGCACCGUCUCUCACCGGCCUGAAGGAACUGAGUCUCCCCAGAAGAGGCAGUUUCUGUCGGACCAGCAACAGGAAGAGCCUCAUAGUGACAUCGAGCACCUCGCCAACGUUACCCAGACCACAUUCCCCACUCCACGGACACACAGGAAGCAGCCCUCUGGACAGCCCCAGGAACUUCUCCCCGAAUGCUGCCGCUCACUUCUCCUUCGUCCCAGCGCGCAGCCACGGGCACCGGGCUGACAGGACGGAUGGUCGUCGCUGGUCCCUGGCCUCCCUGCCCUCCUCAGGAUAUGGAACCAACACUCCCAGUUCUACAGUAUCGUCAUCCUGUUCAUCCCAGGAGAAGCUGCACCAGCUGCCGUACCAGCCCACCCCAGACGAGCUGCACUUCCUCACAAAGCACUUCAGCUCUGAGAGCAUCACUGACGAGGAGGGGCGGCGACCCCCCUCCAUGCGCCCCCGCUCCCGCAGCCUCAGUUCCCGUCUUCACCUGCAGAAUGGUUGUUGCGGCUCACGCAGCCCCGGGCGGUCCCCCAUCUCUUUCGACCAUGAGAUCGUAAUGAUGAACCAUGUGUACAAAGAGAGGUUCCCGAAGGCGACGGCGCAGAUGGAGGAGCGUCUGGCGGAUUUCAUCUCCUCCUGCGCCCCCGAGAAGGUGAUGCCCCUGGCCGACGGGGUCCUGAGCUUUAUCCACCACCAGGUGAUCGAGCUGUCCCGGGACUGCCUGGACAAGUCCCGUGAGGGCCUCAUCACCUCGCGCUACUUCUACGAGCUGCAGGAGAACCUGGAGAAGCUGCUGCAGGACGCCCAUGAGCGCUCAGAGAGCCGGGAGGUCGCCUUCGUCACCCAGCUGGUGAGGAAGCUGAUGAUAGUCAUUGCCAGGCCGGCCCGGCUGCUUGAAUGCCUGGAGUUUGAUCCAGAGGAGUUCUAUCAUCUGUUGGAGGCUGCCGAGGGCCAUGCCAAAGAAGGGCAGGGAAUCAAGUCGGACAUUCCCCGCUACAUCAUCAGCCAACUGGGGCUUACCAGGGAUCCCCUGGAGGAAAUGGUCCAGCUGAGUAGCUAUGACAGUGGCAACCCCGACACGCCUGACACUGACGAGACUGUGGAUAGCUGUGGAACUGCGAUGCAGAGGAAGAAACCCCCCUGCGAGGAGGACUUUGAGAACAUCAAGCUCAUCAGCAACGGAGCCUAUGGCGCGGUGUACCUGGUCCGGCACAAGGAGACCCGGCAGCGCUUUGCCAUGAAGAAGAUCAACAAGCAGAACUUGAUCCUGAGGAACCAGAUCCAGCAGGCCUUCGUGGAGCGGGACAUCCUGACCUUCGCAGAGAACCCCUUUGUGGUCAGCAUGUUCUGCUCCUUCGAGACCAAGCGCCACCUCUGCAUGGUCAUGGAGUACGUGGAAGGCGGUGACUGUGCCACUUUGCUGAAGAGCAUUGGGGCCCUGCCUGUUGACAUGGCGCGCUUGUACUUUGCUGAAACAGUGCUGGCCCUCGAGUAUCUUCACAACUACGGCAUCGUUCACCGGGACCUCAAACCUGACAAUUUGCUGAUCACCUCGAUGGGACACGUCAAGCUCACUGAUUUCGGGCUCUCGAAGAUCGGGCUUAUGAGUCUCACCACCAACCUGUAUGAGGGGCACAUUGAAAAGGAUGCCAGGGAGUUCCUGGACAAGCAGGUGUGCGGCACCCCUGAGUACAUCGCUCCGGAGGUGAUCCUGCGGCAGGGGUACGGGAAGCCAGUGGACUGGUGGGCUAUGGGGGUCAUCCUCUAUGAGUUCCUGGUGGGCUGUGCGCCCUUCUUCGGAGACACACCAGAGGAGCUGUUUGGACAAGUCAUCAGCGAUGAAAUCAUCUGGCCUGAAGAAGAGGAUGCUCUGCCCCCUGAAGCAGAGGAUCUCAUCUCCAAGCUCCUCAGGCAAAACCCUAUGGACAGGCUGGGAACAGGCAGUGCCUUUGAGGUGAAGCAGCACCGUUUCUUCUCUGACCUCGACUGGAACAGUUUACUGCGGCAGAAGGCCGAGUUUAUCCCCCAGCUGGAGUCGGAGGACGACACCAGCUACUUCGACACUCGCUCGGAUCGCUACCACCACGUGGAAUCAGAAGAGGAGGAGGACACGAAUGAUGAAGAGCAUGUAGAAAUGCGUCAGUUCUCCUCCUGUUCCCCUCGCUUCAGCAAGGUGUACAGCAGCAUGGAGCGCCUUUCCCUUCACGAGGAUAAGAAGACCCCGCCUCCCACCAAGCGUAGCCUGAGUGAGGAGGGCACUGGCAAGAUGGACAGUCUGAGCGGGCUCAAGUCCCGGGACCGUAGCUGGAUGGUGGGCUCGCCUGAAAUCCUGCGGAAGCGCCUGUCCGUGUCGGAGUCCUCGCACACGGAGAGUGACUCCAGCCCCCCGCUGACUGUGCGCCGCCGCUGCUGCUCUGCCAUCAUCGAGAUGCCACGCUUCGCCAUCUCCACGGAGGAUGAGAUCUCCAGGAAGGGCCCCCCUGCCAGCUGGGGUCCCCGCGGGGAGGAGCUUCCCCUCACCAUUCCCGAGCAGCCCCUGGAGAGAGAGCUGCGGCUGGAUGAGUCUCCCACCACCCCCAGCUCCGGCACCAGAACCCUGGGCAAGAGCACGCUGACAUCCGGCAACUCCACUGAACUCUCUGAGCGCUCUUCGCGGUACAUCAGUGCUGAAGUUUCGGACAAUGCCACACCCAAGGCCAUCAGCGACCUGGCAGCGCGGCGCGCACGGCACAGGCUGCUCUCGGGGGAGUCGCUGGAGAAGCGCACCUCGCGGCCGCUCAACAAGGUCAUCAAGUCAGCCUCUGCAACCACGCUGUCCCUCAUGAUCCCAUCUGAUUACCACAGUGGCUCCCCUCUGGCCAGCCCGAUGUCACCCCACUCCCUCUCGUCAAACCCGUCCUCACGAGACUCGUCCCCCAGCCGCGACUACUCGCCCGCUAUCAGCAGCGCCAAGCCUGCAAUCGUGAUCCACCGCGCGGGCAAGAAGUACGGCUUCACGCUGCGGGCCAUCCGUGUGUACAUGGGGGACUCAGACAUCUACACAGUGCACCACAUGGUCUGGCAUGUUGAAGAGGGUGCCCCAGCACACAAUGCUGGUCUGCGGGAGGGCGAUCUGAUCACUCACGUCAAUGGGGAGCCGGUGCACGGCCUGGUCCACACAGAGGUGGUGGAGCUCAUCCUCAAGAGCGGCAACAAGGUGUCCAUCUCGGCCACUCCCUUCGAGAACACGUCCAUCAAAGUGGGUCCGGCGCGCAAAGCCAGCUACAAGUCCAAGAUGGCACGGAGGAACAAGAAAACGAAAACUAAAGAAGGUCAAGAGAGCAGUAAGAAGCGGAGCUCCCUUUUCCGGAAGAUCACGAAGCAGGCGUCCCUGCUGCACACGAGCCGCAGCCUGUCCUCCCUGAACCGCUCGCUGUCGUCCGGGGAGAGUGUCCCGGGCUCCCCCACCCACAACCUGUCCCCUCGCUCCCCCACACAGGGCUACCGAUGCACCCCCGACUCGGCGCACUCCGUUGGUGGCAACUCUUCCCAGAGCAGCUCUCCCAGCUCCAGCGUCCCGAACUCUCCAGCCAGCUCUGGCCACAUCCGGCCCAGCUCCCUGCAUGGCCUGGCCCCCAAGCUGCAGCGCCAGUACCGCUCCCCUCGCCGCAAAUCUGCAGGAAAUAUUCCGCUGUCCCCCCUGGCCCGGACCCCCUCCCCGACACCGCAGUCCACCUCACCACAGCGCUCCCCCUCCCCGCUGUCCGGUCACACUCUGGGCAGCUCCAGCGUCACCCAGUCCUUUCCGGUCAAACUGCACUCUUCUCCCCCUCUCGUCCGUCAGAUCUCCCGGCCCAAAAGCGGCGAGCCCCCUCGCUCCCCUCUGCUCAAGAGGGUGCAGUCUGCUGAGAAGCUGGCUUCCUCCCUCUCCUCCUCUUCCUCCCCCUCCUCCUCCUUGGACAAGAAGCUGACCUCCUCCCGCAAGCACAGCCUGGACAUCUCGCACGCGGAGUUCAAGAAGGAGAUGAUGCAUCGGGAGUCGGUCAGCGAGACCCUCCUGGGCAGCAGGACGGCCCCUGUUGAGAAGGGGAUGCUGCAGAAGCCAUCGGCCCGCAAGCUGGGCGGCCCGGAGCCGCCCGAGGGGGCAGGAGCUGCCACAGGCAACAGCAAACUGAAGGACAAGCUGUCGGCUAUCCGGCAGGACCGCGCAGAGAGGCGGGAGUCUUUGCAGAAGCAGGAGGCCAUCCACGAAGUGGACUCCUCUGAGGACGAGACGGAUGAGGGCUCAGAGGACAGCCAGGAUGGGAGGAGGCUGAAGCACAAGAUUGAAACAGGGCGCAAGGACUCUGCUGACGAUGACCCCUUCCUGCCACCUGAACCCUAUGUGAAAACAGUGCCAGUCCAGCUGCCCAAGAGCAGUGCUGCAGCAGCAGCAGUAUUAGCCUCAUCAUCUCCAGUAAGCCAGCUGCAGUGUGCAGGACAGACGAUCGGAUCAUCAGAUAAACUGGAGCCUUCGUCUACUAGCUCUGUUAAAGCAACCACAGCACAACACAAAUCAUCUCAGACCACAAUCCCCACAGCGGAGGUUCCUAAAGACAUAUCCAGGAUCGCCUGCCCAGCGGCUCGGAUCCAUCAAGGCAUCCAGGCGACCGCGCCCGGGAGAUUGUCUACGUCUGGGAUUCAGAGUGCUUUUAUGCCGGUGAAGGAUGCUUUUCUAAAGCCAGCCCCGGUUAUCUGCACGCUGGCCCCUGCAGCUGCGGCCAGCACGUCUCUGACUGUGACCUCAAAAGACACUAAAUGCACUCCAAAGCAGGUCCCAGACAGUAAAGAAAAGAGCAGCAGUCUUUCGGGGAGAAUUAGCGACAAGUCCCUGACGUCCAGCAGUGCCCUGGAAGCCAAGUCACUCUCUCCUGCCGUAGACUGCCAAGCCAGCCCUGCCCCAGCUGUGGGCAUCUGCAAGGAGAAGAAGGAAGCGGACAAUAAGAGGAACGCAGCUAGCGCUGCAUCGACUGCUCCUAUUCCAGCUAGCACUGCUGACAAGAUACCGCCACUCGUGUCCCAGCUAGCCACGGUGGUCAAAAGUGUGCUCGGACCGGUCAAGCUGAGCAUCCCUUUUGAAAAAGCUGGAGAGAUGCAGUUGGAAGACUGCCUCAACACAAAAGGAAAGGAGCAGGGGAAAGCCAGGCAGGAGCAGGACAUGCUUGAUGCACUCAAGACGUCAACUUCGGCAGGACAGGCGUCGCCCUCCAAGCAGACAAGUCCUCUGCUCCCACGAGCGUCCGAGUCUGCACCCAGACAGCCUGUGCCGAAAACUGAAACGGGUCCCAUGAAGACCCCGGGAGACAGGAGGAGAACCAUGUUGGCUAAAGAAUGUGCCGAGGUGACGUGCGGUAAAACGGCUGGUAGCGCCCCCUACCAGCAGGUCAGUUGCAGUGCCCCACAUAAGGAAGUCCCCCAGACACUGAGACAGGCAGAGACGGGGGACAAAAAGAGAGGACAGGGAUUGCAGGUGUUGCAGAAAGCAGCUGCAACAGCAGCAACAUCGAUGACGACGCAAGACAAAGUUUACAAGAAAACAUAGCAGCCUCGCCGGGGGAGAAACUCGCACUCCAGGUUCCAGUAACAAAAUAAAGACUGCAUGUUUAAAAACUUUAUACGAAACAUUAAUCAGAAACAAAGGAAAUCCAGAUACAGAAUUAGGGUUUUUUUGUAAAUUUUUUUCAUAGUUUUUGUAAAUGGCAGGGCAAGAAAUAAACUUUUUUUUUUUUUUUUUUAAACAGUUGCUCACCACUACCAAGUUUCAGUCUGAGCCUGCAGUUCUUGCUAAUGGAAUGGGUUGUGCCUUAAUGAAUACAAUCUUUCAGAAACAUCUGCAUGACUUAGAUGAAAGGUACAUCUUGAGAAUUCAAGCUAUUAAAGCAGCCGAUGCAUAACUCUUUCUAUAAAAUACAUUUCAGACCUGUUCAGAGCAAUGCUUUUCUGUCAUUCAUGCUCCAUUCAUUUCCAUUAGAAACACUCCUUUUACAAUACAGCACUGCAAGACGUAACUCCAGCAAAGUGGACAUUUUUUUAGAUCUAUUUUAUAUCAUGAACACUAAAAAAAAUAAAAUAAAAAAAUAAAGCAGACAGCGCCAGGAGGCUGCUGCAUGUUCAGUAGUCCUGUACUGCUCCGUGCUGAUCGCAUGCCUUGCCCUGGUAGGGGUGCCCUUGCUAACCACGUACAAGCUGUCUGACCUGUCCUGACUGAUGCACACAUGUGCACAUUGUGCUGGUCUGCUCUGUAACACAGUGGAGAAUCAGAUGUUUAAUUACAAACCGUCUGAGUGGGAGAUAGAGGAAGGUGUCUGUGAGAUUUCUGUGUUGGUUAUCAUUUCAGGAGUCAAGGUGCUGGAAGUACCUUUGCUCCUUGAACAACUGCAAGGGCCAGAUGCUGCAGCAGCCAGCCAGCAGACUGCUGAUGAAGCAGCCCUGCAAAAGGGACACGAUACAAUAAAAAAAAGACAUCAAACAAGACCAAUGUUUAUUUCUAGCCCUGCUUUUUUUUUUUUUGGACCAACCUAAUGUUUAUUUUCACAGCUGUCAAACUUCCCUGUGAGUGUGUGUAAUUGUUAUGUAGUGUGUGAUUGUGUGUAAAGCAAGCUCGCAUACACUGUGACUCUCUACCAGGCUCCACUUGAAUGUGAAACAUUGUGACAAUGUCAUCUUUUAAUACGUGGGGAGGGACCUCUCUGUCUCAAGAGGAGUGUACCUUCAUGAAAUGUAGUGUUGCUGUGUACAGUUAGUAUAUGUUGUACCGUGAGGUUUUGACUAGUAUGGAAAUACAGAAUCCCUGUACUGUUACACAGAAGGGAAAGACGGUCAAGGAAACUAAAUAGCAGUGAGAUUCGUCAUUACUAAACAACCCAAUCCAAGGCUGGUCACGCAUUCAACAUGACAUGCGCUGUCUCAGCUUGCCUGCUAAACCCUGAAUUCUACCUGGCUUGCUGUGUCUUUCCCUGAGGGAAAGCCUUGGAAAGUAGCCUCUACAUAUCAAGCUGCAUGGGCUGCUGCAGUGCCAUGAAAGGUGCUUGUAGUGAGUUUGAUGUUUACACUGAAUGAAACCUCUUUGAGUCAUUGAAUAUGAAUAGGAUUGAAAUAAUGAAAACAUUGGGUUAUCAUUCUGCAGCGCUGAACAAUUCCAGCAGUGCAUUUAAAAAAAAAAGAAGAAAUGAGACAAUUCCAGCAGUACAUUUAAAAAACAAUAAUUAAGAAAUGUGACCCGUCCCGCACCAGGAUGUGUGCUUUUACCAUUGGGUAAUGUUUCACUGAUUUGCUUUAGGGCCUGGAUUUGUAGAAACACUUGCACCUGCCUUAGUUUAAGUUUGCACUAACAACAAAAACACUCUUUGGGAUAAUACAGGUUUCCAGAAGCGUUCAGAAAAGGGUUACGACUUUUACUGUAACAGCGUCCAUGAGCACUGGGAAAGAUUCCACUGUACCAGACUGCAAAUGGGGUUCCUUUUGAGAGAUGCCCAUGCACUGGCCUGCUUGUUAAAGGUGAAAGAUAGCAAGAGAUGUCCUUUCCUGCCUUGCAAAUAAAUAAAUCGAGCUGUGAGGCUAGAAACAGCCUUUUUAAAUGUUUACACAUAGAUGCAGCGGGAUUAAUAAGCAAUGCUCCAUAGGAAAAAUUACAGGACAAAUUCAAUGAAGGGUCUAGUUCAGCAACUGAGAGCUCAGUUGGAAUGAAAGCCAGCAGACACAGGGGGUCCCCAGGACCAGGGUUGGGAACCAGUGCUCCAGCUAGCUAAUGCGUUUCUAAAGCCGGAGUUCAAUUUGAAAUCAUUAUGUUUAGUUUUUUUCUUAUGGUGCAUUGUUUAUAAAUGAGCCUCUGUUUAAAAGAAGACACAUUUCUGUAGACCCAGUAUUGUGACCCAGUUUUUCUUCCUCCUCCUUCUCUGGAUUAUACUGUGCGACAGUACGGUAUGACAGCAUUGCUGAUAGCCAGGAAUCAUCGUUUACUGCUCACGCUAAUCUCAUGUCAUUUCAUUCCACGUGGUACUCCACCUGAAACCAUUUGUGUAGAAAACUGAUUCGAUGUGAUGUGAAAAAGAGGAACUUUUCACCUCCGUGCCCACCUGCCCAUGUCGUGCCCACCUGCCCAUGUCGUGCCCACCUGUCCAUGUCGUCUCUGAAUUGCUGUUUUAGUAAUCCUCCAGCAACCGCAUGUAUCCAAAUCCAAAAGAAAACCCUGUUCAUCAUCGUCGUUGGGGGGUGGGAGGGUUAUAGUUUUGGACUUUAAACAUUGCCCGAGUGUUAAACAUUUUAAACCAUAAAUGUUUUAACCACAUAUCAGAAAUAAUGCUUGUCAAAUUCUAGUUGUUAGGCUAAGUGUUUUAUACAGUUUGCAAGGCUGAUUUUUAUUUCAUAUUGGAUAUUUAUUCAAUGGGUUUUCAUGUGUACAUAGUCUUAUAAACGUGAAUGGGCAAUGUAAUUCAUAAUAAUUAAACAAGACAGAAUGUAUCAGGCAGUCCAGUGGAGAGUUUUGAGACUGGUAACAGGAAUUUCAGAUAAGUUAAGCAGGACGGGGCAUCCUCGAUUGUCAUUGCAAGAAUCUUGAUCACUGCUGUGGGUUAAACCUGGAACUUCAAAUGGGAAUUUGUGUGUAUCCAGCUAUCACCAGUGGACCAAAACCAACUGGUGACCUCUCGCCUCUCUGCCUCUAUUUGCUUCCUGGUUCACUUGGCCAUCUAAUCACUGUCUGUGUUUUGUGUGUGUUUUUGGUUUUUGACAGUUUGGUCUUCACCUCAAUGUUACACCACACACAUUCCUACAGGGUGCUUGUGUGUUUUAAGUGACUGGAUCUAAACAGACAGAGAUGCUAUGUAUUGUAUAUAUAGAUGUGUGUCUACUCUUAGCAGUGCUGGGUGUGCCACGGAGGUGCUUGGCAGUAAGGAAGGGUUUCUGUGAAUGUUUGGAUGUGAAGAGUGAAAAAGUGAAAUGUUCUCUUGUUGUGGUUUUUUCUUCUUUUUGUUUUUUGGGGAGGAACUUGAGAGAUCACUACGGUAAACCAGUGCAAUAAUUAAUAUUACUGUUUUAAAUGUUGUAACCGCAUGUUGAUGUUAAACCCUCCUUGAUAAUAAAGUUCAUUUUUUACGUAAAAA